UCGGAGGACUGAAACCUCAGAAGCCAGGCCCUGCAGCUCAAAACGGCUAUGGACCAGGCUUUGGCGCAGCUAUGAAACCCCAGAAGCCAGGCCCUGCAGCUCAGAAUGGCUAUGGACCAGGCUUUGGAGCGGCUAUGAAACCCCAGAAGCCAGGCUUUGGGGGAGGCAUGAAGCCCCAGAAGCCAGGCUUUGGAGUGGCCAUGAAACCCCAGAAGCCAGGCCCAGCAACCCAGAACGGAUUUGGAGCAGGCUUUGGGGGAGGCAUGAAGCCCCAGAAGCCAGGAUAUGGUCAUGGAAAUGGACUGGGAGCCCCAGCAGGCCCUGCAGCUCAGAAUGGCUAUGGACCAGGCUUUGGAUUGGCUAUGAAACCCCAGAAGCCAGGCAUUGGUGAGGGCAUGGAGCCUCAGAAGCCAGGCCUAGCAGGGGGCAUGAGCCCUCCAAAGCCAGGAUACACACCAGGAAACGGGCUCCCGCCUGGUCUGGAAGGGGGCGUGAAACCUCAGAAGCCAGGAUAUGGCAGCAGAAAUGGGCUGGGGGCCCAGGCAGGUCCCUGCAAUGGGCUUCCCACUCCCGGAGGCCCUUCUGACAAAGCAGGUGGCUGGGGCUCCAAAGCCCAGCCCCCCGCCCCAGCGCAGAACGGCAAGUUCCCAGCACCGACGCCAGCCAUCCAGUGGGGACUGAAGCCUCAGAAAGCAGGGUUCCCCCCUUCAAACGGCUACGGACCAGGAGCAGAACUGGGCUUUGGUGAAGGCCUCAAACCUCAGAAAGUUGGUUUUAGUUACGGGAACGGUGGUCUGGGAGCCGGGAUCUUCGCCCAGGCCCUCCUGCAGCCAGGGUUCCCUGGGGCCAAUGGCUUUAGGAACGGGUAUGGCGAAGAAGCGCUGGUGUACCCCAAAGCUGCAGCUCCAGCCUCUGAAGGAAAUGGUCAGACUGAGGCUUUGAGGGGCUCUCCUUGGCCCUCCCUCCAGCCUUGGGGGGCUGCCUGGAAGCCUGGAUAUGGGGCCGGAGGUGCAUAUUCAGGGGUCGAAAGCCAACCAGGGCCCUAUGAGCAGCUGAGGCCAGAGCUGGGCCCCAGACCCUUUGGAGGCCCUGAGGUGAAGCGAGGCAGCAGUGGCCCGCUGGAAAAUGGCUAUGGAGGCCACUGCCCUUUUGGGAAAUGCUGAGCCCCUGAGUUGAUCCACUGUCAUCCUGAGAGCCUGGUCUGCUUGGCAAGGACGGCCAGACGCUUGGGCUUGGUCUCUGGCCUGGGGUCGCCCGCGGGCUGGAAGAAUUAAUAAAGGCGAUGUGCUUC